UAAAGAGGCGAAGAAAAGGAGGAAAGGAAAACAGUUGGCGAGGGAGGGGUGGGAAGAGAGCGAGCGCUUCAAGUGGGUCCCACCGCGCGCAGCAGCAAGGAGUUUGGGAGCGUUAAGCAACUCAGCAGCAAGAUUCACCACCUCUGAGCUGCAUCCCUUAAUCAUGACUGCAUUUCAGACGGGCUGAAAGGAAUCGGAGAAGAUCAUGGGGAAUUCUUAUGCAGGGCAACUAAAAUCUGCCCGCUUUGAGGAAGCCCUUCAUAACUCGAUAGAAGCUUCUUUGAGAUGUAGCAGCGUUGUCCCACGGCCCAUCUUCUCCCAGCUGUACCUGGAUCCUGACCAGCCACCUUUCUUGCCGGAAGAUGUGAAACCAAAGGUAGAAGAGUUGGAUAAAGAGUUAGUUCAUCGCUAUUCACAAAAUGGAAGCCUGGACUUUCCAAGCAACCAAGCUGCUAAUGAAAUGGAAGAUGAAGAGGAGGAUGAAGACAUGUCGGAUUCAAGCAGUCCACCAAUCCCAUAUUCACAAAAACCUGCCCCAGAAGGCUCUUGCACUACUGAUGGUUUUUGUCAAGCAGGCAAGGAUUUACGGUUAGUAUCCCUGUGCAUGGAGCAGAUCGAUAUCCCAGCAGGCUUCCUGUUAGUAGGAGCCAAGUCACCAAACCUUCCUGAGCACAUUCUGGUCUGCGCUGUGGACAAGCGGUUUUUGCCAGAUGAUCAUGGAAAAAAUGCACUUUUAGGGUUUUCUGGGAAUUGUAUAGGCUGUGGAGAAAGAGGAUUUCGAUACUUCACUGAGUUUUCCAAUCACAUCAACCUGAAAUUAACCACUCAACCAAAGAAGCAGAAGCACUUAAAGUACUACCUAGUAAGAAGCUCCCAAGGUGUGCUGUCAAAGGGACCCCUUAUUUGCUGGAAAGAAUGUAGGAGCAGGCAAUCCUCAGCUGCUAGCCACUCUGCCAAACCAAACGCUUCGGUGUCGCCGGCCACGACCCCGGAGGCUGGAGCAGCUAACGGAUACAAAUCAGGGUUCACUCAGACAGAUUCUUCAGUAUUCAGUCCAGGAAAGUCGUCUUCUGCUGUUAACCUAAGUGGAGCUCCAGAUCCAUCGCGGAACAAGAGCGUGGUGAAGCCGCUGGCUCUGUCGGUACAGCUCGUGGGAAAGGCAUUUGCUGCAGCUCCCGUGUCGCUGCGAGCCGCCGACGUUGCCAAUGGAAACGCCAGCGGAGGAGGCCGGAGCAGCGCGCUGGGCCCCGCGCGCCCCGCGCCGCAGCCGCCCUCCCCGAGCCCCAGCUCUGCAGCUGGAGACCCAGCAUCAAUGUCCAGUUCUGGGCCACCAAAGAAGCGACACCGGGGAUGGUCUCCUGGGUCCCCAGUGCCUCCUCCUGGCUUGGUGGUACCUGUUCCUACAAUUCGGCCUUCGGCACGAACAGAGCCUCUUUUGUCAGUCCCAGUUCCUCAAUCCAUGUUAACUGGAAUUUUACAGCCUCAACCCAUCCCAGCAGGGGAGACUGUAAUAGUUCCUGAAAACCUGCUGAAUAACUCAGGAGUCAGACCAGUGAUUCUGAUAGGUUAUGGCACUUUACCUUACUUCUAUGGCAAUGUUGGUGAUAUUGUUGUGAGUCCCCUGCUGGUGAAUUGUUACAAGAUUCCACAGCUGGAGAACAAGGAUUUGGAUCUCCUGGGCUUGACCAGCAGCCAGCUGUUAAGCGUGGAGAAUAUGAUCCUUUUAACCAUCCAGUAUCUCGUCCAGCUAGGCCCUGACCAGAUCCCGCUGAGGGAGGAGUUUGAGCAGAUCCUGCUGAGGGCCAUGCAGGAGCUGAGCGUGCGCGAGCGCUCCCCGCACCCGGGCGCCCCGGGCGGCUCCGUGUCCCCGGGGCAGCUGCCUUGGCUCGCCAGGCUCAUCGCCAGCGUGUCCCGGGACUUGGUGCACGUGGUUGUGACCCAGAACUCCCUGGCAGAGGGCAUCUCGGAAACGCUGAGGACUCUCAAUGAAAUGAAACGUCAGCAGAAGCUGCCGGAUUAUGUCGUUGCCAUUUGUGCGUCCAAGAUCAGAGGGAAUGAGUUCUGCGUGGUGGUCCUGGGGCAGUACCAGUCGAGAGCGCUGGCGGAAAGCAUGCUUACCACCGGCGAGUUCUUAAAAGAAAUCAGCUAUGAGCUCAUCACGGGCAAAGUUAGUUUCCUGGCAUCACACUUCAAAAACACGUCGUUAGGUGAUGAUUUGGACAAGCUGCUAGAGAAAAUACUACAGCAGCGAGGAGAAAGUGUCAUUAUUCCUUUCAAUGGAGAUGUUAGUGAGUGUGUGUCUUCUCAGGAGGCAAUUGCCAUGGUUUCUACGCAAGAACCAGAUUUGGAUGUUGAUACCUUCCAAAUUUACCAGCCACAGCUCACAGUUGCCAGAAAGCUCUUGUCCCAGGUUUGUGCUAUAGCUGACAGUGGCAAUCAAAGCCUGGACCUGGGCCACUUCAGCAAGGUGGAUUUCAUCGUCGUGGUCCCGCGCUCGGAAGUCCUGGUGCAGCAAACGCUGCAGCGAAUUCGACAAUCAGGUGUCCUUGUGGACCUGGGCCUAGAAGACAAUGGCACAGCAUAUCAGAGAGCUGAGAAAUACGUGGUUCGGCUGGACAAUGAAAUUCAAACCAAAUUUGAAGUUUUCAUGAGGCGAGUGAAGCAGAAUCCCUACACGCUCUUUGUGCUGGUUCAUGACAAUGCCCACGUGGAUUUAACAAGUGCCAUUUCAAGUUCCCUGUCACAUGGUGAGCCUAGUCAUGGUCUGGCUGAUAGAGUUAUUAAUUGCAGGGAGGUCCUUGAAGCAUUCAACCUCCUUGUUCUUCAGGUCAGCUCUUUUCCUUACGCCUUGCAAACGCAGCAGUCCAGGAUCAGCUCUAGCAAUGAGGUACACUGGAUACAAUUUGACACUAUGGAUGACACAGCAAGUGAAGACAAGCUGUACUUCGGCUUGAAUGAAUACAGCAAAUCCCUCCAGUGGGGAGUCACAAGUCCCCUUCUGAGAUGUGAUGAAACCUUUGAAAAAAUGGUCACUACGCUUUUAGAAAGGUACCCCAGGCUGCACAGCAUGGUGAUCCGCUGCUACCUGCUCAUCCAGCAGUAUUCCCAGGCGCUGAUGGCGCUCACGAGCGUGGCCUCGCUGCGGGAUCACAGCACGCCCGAGACGCUCAGCAUCAUGGACGACCUCCUCACGUCGCCGGGCAAGGACAGGAACGGCUGCGGCCACAUGCUCGUCAUCAGGGUGCCCUCGGUGCAGCUGGCCAUGCUGGCCAAGGAGAGGCUGCAGGAAGUAAGGGACAAGCUGGGCCUGCAGUAUCGCUUCGAGAUCCUCCUCGGGAACCCCGCGGCGGAGCUCUCCGUGGCCAAGCAUUUUGUGACGCGGUUGAAGGCUUGGAGGGGAAAUGAGCCGGACGACUGGAUUCCUCGCACCUACCAGGAUCUGGAAGGUCUCCCUUGCAUUGUCAUCCUAACUGGCAAAGACCCUCUGGGAGAAACCUUCCCCAGGUCAUUGAAAUACUGCGACCUUCGACUAAUUGACUCAAGCUACUUAACACGGACUGCGUUAGAGCAAGAAGUAGGCCUGGCAUGCUGCUAUGUCUCCAAGGAAGCAAUUCGAGGGCCUCUUGUAGCUCUUGACCUUAGUGAGAAGGAGCAAGAGAAGGUUAAUGGUAGCGAGAAUGACUCUGAUGAGCUGCUGAUAGACUUGGACAGACCCCAGAGUAAUAGCAGUGCUGUCACUGGAACCUCAGGGUCCCUGGCUGACAACGGUGUGAGCUCCUCAAGCGCUGCGGACAAGACUCAGAAGCAAGCACCGUCGUUCAGCUUAGAGACGCUGGCCCACAGCUCCGUAGAUGAGGGAGCUUGCCCUGGUUCCACAGCUGGAGAUACCCUGAAGCAAGAAUGUGACUCCCUGGCUAACCAGAUGGCCAGCAGCACCACCUCUAAACUGUCCUCGCUGUCUUCAGUCUCCCAGGCACUGCGGUGGCCUGGCCGCUCGGGCAAGGAGGGCAAGGCCCUCCGCGCCGCCCUGCCGCGCAUUGUCAUCCUCUCCAAGGCCGCGUACUGCCUCCUGAGCUCACAGAAGACUGGGAAUUUGCCUUCCUCCUCUUCCCUGCUGCCUCACGCUGACGUGUCGUGGCUGAGCUCCCUGAGGCCUUUGCUGCACAAGGACAUGAGCAGCGAGGAGCAGUCUCUGUACUACAGGCAGUGGGCGACGGCCCGGCAGCACCACGCGGACUACAGCAACCAGGGAGAGGCGUCCGGCGCGAGGAGCUUCCACCCCAGGAGGCUCCUUUUGACAGGACCUCCACAGGUGGGAAAGACUGGCUCAUACUUGCAGUUCCUAAGGAUUCUUUUCCGCAUGCUGAUCAGGUUGCUGGAAGUAGAUGUUUAUGACGAAGAAGAGAUUAAUACCAAUCAUACAGAAAGCAAUGAAAUUACUCAGCCCAGCAAUGACCAUUGGCCGGAUAUUGAGAUCUUCAGUAAAAUGUCCUUUGAUGUGAGUGUGCACGACCCCAAGUACAGAAGUAUAAGUCCAGUAUACACAGAACAACUGUCAAGAGUGAAACAAGAAACAAGCAAAGAAACAAAAUCCGAGGAACCUAGGAAAAGAGAGACAGUGUCCAUGAUGCUGACAAAAUAUGCUGCUUACAAUACCUUCCAUCACUGUGAGCAGUGCCACCAGUAUAUGGAUAUUAAUCCUGCAGCACAGGUAUCUGACUCCACCCUGCACGCGUUCACGUUUUCAUCCUCCAUGCUAGGAGAAGAGGUUCAACUGCAUUUCAUAAUCCCCAAGUCCAAAGAGAACCAUUUUGUCUUCAGCAAGCAAGGAAAGCACCUAGAAAGCAUGCGUCUGCCUCUCGUGUCUGACAAGAAUCUGAAUGCAGUCAAGAGUCCUAUCUUCACUCCAUCGAGUGGUCGUCACGAGCACGGCCUCCUGAACCUCUACCAUGCCAUGGAAGGCAUCAGCCACCUUCACCUGCUGGUGGUCAAGGAGUAUGAAAUGCCCCUGUACCGUAAAUACUGGCCCAACCACAUCAUGCUCGUCCUGCCAGGCAUGUUCAACAACGCUGGCAUUGGUGCUGCCAGGUUUCUUAUUAAGGAACUUUCCUACCACAAUCUAGAGCUGGAACGAAACCGCUUGGAGGAACUGGGAGUGAAGCGCCAGUGUGUGUGGCCCUUCAUCGUGGUCAUGGACGACUCCUGUGUGCUGUGGAACAUGCACAGUGUCCAUGAACAGUCCAGUCAGCCCCUGGAGCCUGACGGCUCCAGUAAGAACGUGUCUCUGAAGAGCAUCCUCCAGCACAUUGAAGCCACCCCCAAAAUUGUCCAUUAUGCCAUCCUGGGUGUUCAGAAGUGGAACAGCAAGCUGAAUGCCAGGAGAGCAAGCGCUCCGUUCUCCAGGUGCCACGUGCAUGACUUCAUCCUGCUCAACAUAGACCUGACCCAGAACGUGCAAUAUGAUCUAAACAGGUAUUUCUGUGAAGACAUAGACUUUAAUCUGAGGACAAACAGCAGCGGCCUCCUCAUCUGCCGCUUCAACAACUUCAGCGUCAUGAAGAAGCACAUUCAGGUCGGAGGACAAAAGGACUUUGUGGUUAAGCCAAAAAUCACGGUCGCGGAGGCGCCGGCGCCCGUGGCGCCCCUGCAGUUCGUGUGCGCCCCGGACAGCGAGCACACGCUGCUCGCGGCGCCCGCGCAGUUCCUGCUCGAGAAGUUCCUCCAGCACGCCACCUACAAGCUCUUCCCCAAGGCCGUGCGCAACUUCAGGAACCCCGUGCUGGCCGUGGACUGCUACCUCAACGUCGGGCUCGAGGUGGCCGUUUGCUACGUGAGCUCGCGGCCGCACUCGGUGAACGGCGCCUGCGAGGGGCUGCUCUUCAGCGGCCUCCUGCUCUACCUGUGCGACUCCUUCGUGGGGCCCGAGCUGCUCCGGCGCUUCCGCUUCCUCAAAGGCGCCACGCUGUGCGUGGUGUGCCAGGACCGCAGCUCCCUGCGGCAGACCAUCGUGCGCCUGGAGCUGGAGGACGAGUGGCAGUUCCGCCUGCGCGACGAGUUCCAGACGGCCAACAGCGGCGACGAGCGGCCCCUCUACUUCCUCACCGGGCGCCACAUCUAGCCCCGCGCGCCCAGCGGCGCGCCCGGCGGGAGAAGGCGGGGAGGAACUGCCUUUGCUAACGAAAACCCAAGUACAAUCACUGCGGAGCGAAGUGCAACCAGUAUUUAUCGAGACUGCGCUGAAGGAUUCCCGACGUGCUGAAGUAGCCUUUAAUCCUAGGGAAAAGAACCAAAAACCCCACGUCUGUUAUAAUUUAAAGCACCAAGCUGCACUCAAGCCCGUCGCAAUCGAUGACACUGAUCACACAGCCAACCAAGUUGUAGGGUAUAGCAAGAGAAGAUGACUUGG